AUGCCUAUGCCCAAUGUUGCUAGUCUUGUAAAUACUAUAAUGGAAAGGCAGCAACAACAAAUGCAUCAGAUGAUCACUGAUAUGGGUGAUCAGUUCCAAGAAGAGAUGGAGAAAGCCUUCAAAUUCCUUGGUUGUAAUGAUGAACAGAAGCUGAUCUGUGCUGGGUACAAACUCCAAUAUGAAGCAAAGGCUUGGUGGGAAACUACUAGGCCUAUUCUUGAAGCUGCACACCCGGUUCUAACAUGGGAGAUAUUCAAGCAAGCUUUCUUUGGGAAUUAUUUCUCUACUAGUGUGCGGAAGAGGAAAGAAGUAGAGUUGGCAGAGUUGACUCAAGGGCCCAAGUCAGUGCUGGAGUACCAGCAGAAAUUUGAAGAGUUAUUCUUCUUUGCUCCCCCACAUCUGAACAAUGAUGAGGCCAAGUCUUAG